CGACCCUGUGGGUCUUGUUUAUUAUUUGUGUUUGUUACUUUUGUUGUGUGUUCUUCUAGGCAGAUUGGCGCAGCUGAGGGGUGGUGUGAAACCCUAUGACGUCAGGGUAGCCCGGCCCUUUAAAAGGGGGGCUGACGUCAUUGAGCUCUCUCGCUGGCUAGCUGUGGGGAUCGUUCGUUGCCACCGUCGCUGCCGCACAUCGCUGCCACUAGGGCCAGCCUCGGGCCUUGCCCGAGCAGCUUGCCGUCAUCUCUCUCACUCCCUGGGGUGAGAGACCAGGAGUGAGCGCCUGGCCGCCGAGGCCUACUUUGUAGGCCGUGUUUUUCUUAAUUUAGACAUUUUUCCAUACUGGUUUUUUUUGUAUUAAUAAAUACACCAUUUUCUUAAGUUUUGUGUCUGCCCGUUUUUUGUUAUAUCCCACAAGCCCUAGACCGGGAUGUAACAAAUGGGGGCUCUAUCCGGUUUUUUUUGUUCCCAAUUUAGCAACUUGGGCCUAAAUUUCCCCCCCUCCAGUUUUUGUAUCGCUUUAGUCGUGCCGUCGUAUUGUUUUGGAUGUGGUAACAGUUUUUUUUAGGAAGCGCGCUUGCGACCAAGAGGCUCUGGUGAGUUAGUGUUUUGAUUAUGUUUUUGAUUUGGUGGUGGUUUUGUGAAGCAAUCCCGGGGGGAGGUUCAUUGCGAACCUCCAAUUGGUAAGCUUCGAAGAUAAUUAGGUUUAUUUUAGUUUAAGGGUAUUAGGGUCCAGAGCUUCGCCCAGUCUGGGUUAUUGGUUAGAGCGAUGCUUUAGCGCAAUUGGGCAGACUAACAUUAUAUUUUUGUUUUUUGCUAAAGUUUGUUUUUUUCGCUUGUGUGCGUCUGGUGGCGACUUCUUAGUCAAGUGCCUUUGUUUAACUACAAAGCGCGUGUGUUUUUUUUCGUGGCAUUAAGUGGCAAAUGUUUGAUCGUGGCUUUUGAGGUUUUUUUUCCUCUGCUCGGUGGCUGUUGGUCCGAGCAUUCGUUUUUGGGUUAGAGGGGGUAGCCUAGAAAUUAGAUAAGCUUUUUUUGUGAACGACGGAAAUUGGUCGUUCUUUGUUAAAUUUGACUACCGCAGACUGAGUUAAUUCGGCUAUAUUUUUCGUCAGUGCUUGUCCCAAUGUCUGCGGUUGAAGAAUUUAUUAAAAGUCCUUCCGAGGAUCUUUUGUCGGGUUGCACUAAGGACCAAUUAGAAAAAAUUGCAGAGCAUUUUUCAAUCACACUUACUUCGGAGGACAAGAAGCGUAAGGAAUUGCUCCUUAAAGCUGUGGGUUUAGGUUUAGUUGUUAAAAAUAUUCUGCCUGCUAGAGAAGGUAUAGUUUCUCCUGUGUUGUCAUCUGCGAGCAAUGCUUCUGAUCGGGAACUGAAAAUUAGAGAGUACUCCUUUGAAGAGCGCAAAUUACAGUUAGAAGCGGCACGCAUACGUGCUGAAAGGGAAAAUCGGGUGGUUAAAGAGAAGGAAUUGGAUAAAGAACUUGAAAUUAAGAAAUUAGAGAUUCAGCACGAGCUUGAUUUAAAAAGGUUAGAGCACGAAGCGGCUGAGAAUGAGCGUCAGCGCGAACACGAACGCGAUGAGCGUAACUUUCUUCUAAAAAAACUUGAGCUGGAAUUGGAGGAUAAGAGACUUACCAUCGCUCAGCCAGUUCCUUCAGUUCCCUCUCGAGAUUUAAGUCGCUCUCCUGUUCACUCCCCUGUUCAUUCUCCUGUUCGUCCUUCUGCUUUAGGCCUAGGCCUAUUGUCGGCUCAUGUGGGAUCGGGUUCUGCUGCUCCGAUGGGCGAGAUUGACACCGCGCCUUUACUCUCGGCUCCUCUGAAUACGUCAGAUGCGUCUGAUGUACAUGCUCCUGCACCAGCUCCUAUAAGACAUCCCGAUUAUGUCCUUCCAUUUGCUCCUGGUUUUCCUUUGCCAUUGCCUCCAGCUCAACCUUUUGAUGUGAGUCGCAACACUCGAAUGAUUCCGCCUUUUAAUGAACGUGAAGUGGAGAAAUAUUUCACGCAUUUUGAAAGGGUUGCUAUUACAUUGAAAUGGCCGGCUGAAGUCUGGACGUUGUUGUUGCAAACGGUCUUGACUGGCAAGGCACAGUCUGUGUAUUCUGCCCUUACAGUGCAACAAAGUUCGAGUUAUGAUACUGUGAAAGCGGCAAUUUUAAAUGCGUAUGAGUUAGUCCCUGAAGCAUAUCGUCAGAGAUUUCGUGGCCUUCGCAAGUCCGACAGGCUUACGUUUGUGGAAUUUGCGCGAGAGAAAGAGAAUGCAUUUGAUAGGUGGUGCACUUCACAACGUGCACACACCAGAGAACAUCUUCGUCAAGUAAUCUUGCUAGAAGAAUUUAAAAGCUGCAUUCCAGACUCCGUAGCGAUGUAUAUAAAUGAUCAAAAGGUAACAACAUUGGCGCAAGCUGCUGUCUGUGCAGACGAAUUUGUUCUCACGCACAAAACCUCUUUCAAUUCCUCCUCUUCUCGGCGUGACACAGCUCAGCCUCCCAGUUCGCAGCAGAGCUGGAGAAAUUCCAAGUCUGACAGUCCACCGCAGAAGAUUGAGUCGCGGGAAUGUUUUUAUUGCCACGAACUUGGUCAUCGUAUUGCAGCAUGUCCUGUUUUGAAAAUGAAGAAUUCGAAACCCCCUCCGAAGCAAAAAUAUUCGAAAGGUUCCGGUUUUGUCCGUCCUUUAGUUAAGUCAAAUUCGAAAAUCGAUCCAGUUUAUGAGCCGUUUGUUUCUGUAGGCAUGGUCUCAUUUACGGGGUGUGAGCAAGAUAAUAUUCCUGUUCAAAUGCUAAGAGAUACAGGCUCCGCUCAGAGUUUCAUACUGGCUUCUACAUUAUCAUUUUCUGAUGAAAGUUAUUGCGGUUAUGACGUACUAGUGCAGGGAAUUGACAUGGGAAUUUUGAAGAGCGUAGUGUAG